UUGGCUGGGUUGACGCGGGGCUGACCGGUAGCGCCAUUCCUCCAGCCGAGAUGGGCCUGGUUGCAAAUGGGUCAUGGUGUUGGUGGUCAUUCUUCUGUAGACUAUGCUCGCAGUUGCAGUAGCGUUCUUGUGGGGUUGUCGUGGCUCGUUCACGCUCUGCGGUGUAUGUCCAUUACACCAGUGCGAGCUUUCGUUGGCCAAUGUCUCGCUCUCAGCCACUCCCAAAGAGAACACCAUUAACAGGCUCUUAUUACUUACCAUAGCAUUGAAGCUAUUCGUUGUGACAAUCCAUCCAUUUGCACCGAGUUUCACAGAAUUGUCAUCUUAAUAUUGUUGUAGUCCAUGCUGGUGAGAAUGUAGUACCGAGCAUCGUGCAAUAGAAUCUUAUUGCUUAUCAAAGCAUUGAAUGUGUUCCUUAUGGCAAUCC